CCCUGCAAGAUGGGUGCUGUUAUUAUUCUCAUUUUACAGUUGAGGAAAUUGAGGCACCCUCAUUAAACAGCUUUUUGAGGAUCACUUAGCUAUGUAUUUGAGGCCUAAUUUGAACUCAAAUCUUCCUAACUCUAGGUCUAGCACUCUCAAGAGACCAUAGAGCUCAUCUAGUCUAACUAUAGUGUUUUGGAGAUCAGGGACCCAAGGUGAGAGAGAUGAAGUGAUUUGCCCAUACAACUCAUUAGUGACAGAAUUGGGACUCAAACUUAGUUCUUAGUCCUAGUCUACUACUCUUAACAUAUUAAAUAUAGAUAUUCAUAAUAAUGAGCCCUGAGGAGUCAUUGGAUAAAAGAGUUUGAGAAUCAAUCCUGCUAUGCCAAAUUCUACGUAUUCUCUUAUUUUUUUUUCAAGGGAUAGGUAGAGUUUUGAAGCAUUUUGAGAAUUACUGUUGCCAUACCUCCUUUAAUGUUCUGUAAAGAAAUGUGGCAUUUAUUCAGAAAGAGAGAGUAAAUAGUAAUAGUCUAGACUUCAGAACCAAUAUUAACAAAAGUUUUGGAAAAUGUGUAGAUGGCUGAAGAUACAUUGCAGGUCUAGAGUUCACAAGAGAGAUCUGGGCUGGAUAUAAAGAUUUGCAUAAUCUGCAUAGAGUUGGUAUUGGAAGUCGUGGGAAUGAGUGCAGUUGUUAAGGGAAAGAGUAGAAAAGAGAGUCAGAGAGAGAACUUUGGGGAACACCCAUUUGAAGAGAUUGGGAAGUGAGUGUGUUUAGAAAGAUAGGAAGCAUUCUUAAUGUCUCUUAAGUCAAAGGAGAAGAAAAUACUCAAAGGAAGUCAUCAAUAAUGUUAUUGUUUCAGAGAUGUCAAGGAAGAUAAGGACUAAAAGAAUCUAUAUCAGUUAAUGAAUUUAGAUCUGAAAAGGGAUCUUAGGGUCAUCUGGUUCAACUCCCUCAUUUCACAGACAUAGAAACUGAAACUCAGAGUUUUCUCUUGAUGACACAGGUAGUAGGGUGGUAGAGUUCAGAUUUGAAUCUAGGUAUUCUGACUUCAAAUUCAACACUCUUUACCUUGUACCAUAUAUCAAAUAGAUAUUAGGGGGUCUCUGGUUACUUUUGGAAGGUUCAGAUAGAACAGAAUAGUAAGGACAGAAGUCAGCUUGGAAUAUCUUGAGGCUGGGUUGGCUACAAACAGACCAUGUAUAGACUUGCUUAAAAAGUUUGCUGUAAAAGUUGGCAAGGACAUCUUCUUGUCAUAGACAGUCAUACUCAAAGACUAACUUCAGUUAGUUUUAUGAAAUAUAACGUCUAACCCCUGGUGGGUUGGUUGGACCAAUGACUCUAGCAGGAUGUUACCUGAGUAGGUGGACUUCUGUUGGGUGGACUGGAAUUUCUUACAGGUAAAUUAGUACCAGGGAAACUUAUUGCUAUUAAGCCAACUCCCAGUUCCCUCUUUUUUCAAAAUAAUACAGCUGUACAAAUUAAUGUUAAAAUUGCUUUUCAGCUCUCAAAAUUCUGAGGCUAGGGGCUAUUUAUCUUUCUACUGCUAACACUUCUUACUUUUGGCUAGGUUUCUCUCUUCUCCAUCCCACUGCAACAGCAUGUCUUGCCAUUCACUCUUGUUGUGUUGUCCAUGAAAUAAACACAUACCCCUUAUUGAAGUUUUCUAAUGAGUUUUACUGUUGGGGAAAAUGGUGGGCUGGGGUAGGAAGGUUGAGAAUAUCUCCGUCUGACAGAAGGGAAUUAUCCCUUCUCUUCUCCUACCCCACCACUUCUCUUUUUUUCACUUAAAGGUAUAAACCCUGUGGGGAAAUACAGAAAGCCAGUUCAUCUCUUGGAAUAGGCUACUUCAGGAAUUCACUUCAGUUUUACACUUUCGUGUACCAGGCUUUGUGCUAGGCUCUUGGAUAUAAAGGCAAAAACCAAACAGUCUCUGCCCUCAAGGAACUUCUGUUCUAGAGGAGGAGCUACUACCAGAGCAAGGUACUGUUUUCGUUGACUACACACUAUUUCAAAGUAGAAGAAGGAGGUGAAAGAUCAGUUUGUGUUACCUUUGGAUUUUUUUUCUUUGUCAAAGCCAUGGCAAUCUUGAUUGUUACUGAAAACUACCUAGAAUUUGGACUUGAAACAGGUUUUACAAAUUUUUCAGAAAGUGCGAUGCAGUUUCUUGAAAAGCAAGGUUUAGAAUCCCAGGGUCCUGUGUCUAAACUUACUUUCAAAUUUUUCCUGGCUAUUCUGUGUUCACUUAUUGGUGCUUUUUUGACUUUCCCUGGGUUGCGGCUGGCUCAAAUGCAUCUGGAUGCCCUGAAUUUGGCAACAGAAAAAAUAACACAAACAUUACUUCACAUAAACUUCUUGGCACCCUUAUUUAUGGUUCUGCUGUGGGUAAAGCCAAUCACCAAAGACUACAUUAUGAACCCAACUUUGGGUAAAGAAAGUGUUCCUUUAAUGACAGAGACUACAUUUGAUACUGUGCGACUGUGGUUGAUAAUCCUGCUCUGUGCUCUGAGGUUGGCUCUGAUGCGCAAUCACCUGCAAGCUUACCUGAACUUAGCCCAGAAGUGUGUGGAUCAAAUGAAGAAGGAGGCUGGACGAAUAAGCACUGUUGAUUUACAGAAAAUGGUGGCGAGAGUGUUUUAUUACCUUUGUGUAAUCGCACUGCAGUACGUGGCACCUCUGGUCAUGCUGCUCCACACAACCCUGCUUUUGAAAACACUAGGUAAUCAUUCCUGGGGGAUUUAUUCCGAGUUUAGCUCUGACUCCCUAGUGGAGAGCCAUCCAUUCUCUGGUUCUGUUCAUUCUGAAUUACCAUCUACUGAUGAGAAAAUGAAGGUAACCGUUACCCAGAUCACAAUGGCACUGGGCGGCCUAAAGACCAUCUUUACUCCUCUGCUUUUCCGAGGACUCUUGUCCUUUCUGACCUGGUGGAUUGCUGCUUGCCUCUUUGCCACAAGCCUUUUUGGACUUUUCUAUCACCAGUACCUAACUGUGGCAUGAACUAAACAGCUAACAAAGACAACAACAGCAAAAGGUAUUGAAGGCAACCUAGUUUGGAGUCCAUGUGCCUUUGAAGAAAGGGCUGAGGAAAAUCAGAAGAAAGCAGAAAGACUGAAGAAAAAUACAUAUCAUCCAAGUAGUUUGUUUUUUUUAAUGUUUCCUCUGUCUUCUCAGGGUGAAUUGAUGUUUUAAUGUUUAAAAUCACAAGUUGAUUUGUUAAUUUUGUUAUGUAAAUAGUAGGUGAGUAACUAUUGAAUCGUGGCAGUGGAACUGUGACUUUUCUUUACAUAGAUAAAUAUAUGUACACAUGUAUAUGCAUAUAUGUAUGUGUGUAUGUGUAUGUAUGUAUGUGUGUAUAUACAUAUAUACAUACACAUUUACUGAUGUAAGAGGGCUAUUUAAAUGCUUGUGAUACCUUGGUUUACAGUAAUAUCCAAUUGUCCUCGAAAUUUCAUUUGUGACUUCAGUCAUUGUCUGAUACCUUUUAAUGGUGUUAAGGUACUGGUAAUAUUAAUGGUGGCUGCCUAGAGAACAAUCUUGAAACUGAGCCAUACUUGGGGGGAGACAAGGGAGAAAAAGUAAACUUCUGUUGGAACUGUAUUAGUUGCUCUUCCAAAUGAAUAACAGCAACUACAACAAAUCCAACAGGAAAGAAGAAACAGCUGCUGUAUAUUACAGCAAAGGAAGCUGUAGUGUAUUUUAAUUUAAUGGGGAUAUAAGUGCAUAAUAUCAGCAAGCAUUGCUGCCUGAGCAUAGCAGGAAUUAUUUUAAAAUGUACGUUGUCAAAAAAAAAGUACAUUGUCUCAAUCUCUGCAGUUCUUUACAACAACAACAACAACAAACAGCAAAUGGCCAUGUGAACAAUUGCUUUUAGCAGCUUGCUGCUAAGAUUGGAUCUCACAAAUUUGGGUGGGCCUCAACUUCUGUUUCUUUUUUUAUAUUAUUGGACAAAAUCAUCUUAAAAUACCAUAAAAAUAUUUAUCAACAAUCAUCAAACUUUUAAAAAUACUUUUUAGUCCUGCUGAAUGCAUAUAUGUAUUGUACAUAUUAUAUAUUGAGUAUAUAAUAUAUUGGAGCCAUAAAAGAUGAACAUAGAGAAAUAUUAUUUUAAGUUGCUAAUUGUAUAUCAAAAGGUGAUUGAAUAGAGGUGCAUAUGUGUCUAGAAGUUUCAGGCUUUUUGAAUGAAAAUUAAAAGUCAUUUUUGAAAGUUCAGUAGAAAGCUGUUGAUUUGUACUUCCUUAGGAUACUUUAGAUUCUUUUUUUUUUAAGUUUUUUUUGGUUAGGCAGUGGGGUUAAGUGACUUGCCCAGGGUCACACAGC